AUGUCACAACCACUAACUCACCUCCGUCUGUUGAACACAACCUCUCUUCCCUCACCAAUCACAGCAUGUAGCAACUCAGAGCAAGAAAAGAACCCAAGACUUCUGAUCGCUCUCAACCCAGCCAUCGACUUGACAGCCACAGCCGGCACAAACGACAGUGCUGCUGGAGCAGUCGGCGGAUCAGGGAACACGGUCCUACAUGUAUGGCGAGCAGGUGAGCCGGGGCAACUAGUCUCGCGCGUGGGCGAGAAGGGGAAGAAAGUUGAGGGGGGUGUAAGGUGGAAAGGGGAUGGACAAUUCGUUGCAGCCGGCUGGAGCGAUGGUGUCGUCAGGCUAAUCGGCCUCGAAAGCAGCAAGGCGGUGCAUCACAUUCGCAUCGGCGAUGACAAUACGUCUUCCUCGCCGGCAAAGAUUGAGUUCAUUGCAUGGGUAAGGAAUGUGACAGGCGAGGCAAUAGAACGCAGAAAGCGUCGCCAGCAGGCUUCCAGCAGCAAGGGGGUGCCCAGCAAGUUGCCUGAGAGAACCAUCCAGCUGGAUAGAGAUCAUGUCAGCGAUAUUGUGCUGGACUUACCGCAUGAGUUGACGUUUCUGGAUAUUGAGACGUCGUUGCCUAAGUUAAGCCCUUUGCCUGUGUCGGGGGGAUCAGGUGUCCAGGAGGACCUGAAGAAGGUGGGCAACGGGAGAUGGACAAUUGUUCAAGCCUUGUUCCAUACAGUUGCUACAGGGCAUGUGUUUCCCGUCGUGAGGGAGUGGUUGAUGGACACGAUUGGGGAAAGGGGUUACAAGCGGUGGGAGAAGGCCGUCGUCUCUGGCCUGGUGAGCCUCCGUUCGCUGGUUCAUGAGAACUUCAUUCCUGCGUUGGAGAGAUGCGGUGUGAUUCUCAGCCGACUCCUAGGCCUCGCCAAGUUUCAUGAGUCGAUGAAGGAGAAUGUGGGUUUCACCGAGGUGCAGAUCAGCCGGCUCAUUGACACAGUGUCGAGCUUGAUGCUAGUGGCACAUAAGGUGCUCACGGCCGUCAUGGACGAGUUAGACUACUUCAACGCGUUUGCUACGUGGCUCAAGAUGGAAAUUGACUUCCAAUUCCAGCCUUCGCUUGCUGAUGAGCUCACAGAACGGCAGGCGACGAUAAACUACGGCAAGCAAAGAAGGAAGAAGAACAAGCCGCCAAGGAAGAAGCCUCAGCGGCCGUUGAGGGGGGCCAAAUCACUGUUGGAUCUGGUCGAUAGGCAGAUGAAGGAGCAGGAGGAGGGCAAGGAGUACAUGAAGGCCGUGCCCAGGGUUGAUUUUCUGUUGGAUUAUUUGACCAAGGGGGCCAAGGAGGUGUUUAAUGGCAUCGCCGAGGCAGAAAAACAGAAUGAUGCUACAGCUGUGGCUACUUUUACGGCUACGGUGUGGGAAGAAGACAAGAGCAGAGACGAACCAGAAUCUGUGCUUAUCCGCAUCGCCUACCGCCCGCUCUCCUCGUCCUUGCCAUACAGCGCCUACGUACCUGGACAAUGGCCUGCUGCUGAGGUCACCAUUAACGCUCCUGGCACUAAGGCAGAUAAGGGGGCCAUUGCCAGAUACUUUGGGUUUGACCAUGGGCCCAAGUUCACACCAGUCCAGAUGGAGGUCCAGAGGGCGUGUCGGCUACGAGGAGAGGUACCUGCGCGGGUGUGUCUGGUUGCGAAGGACAGGUCAACAUAUAAGACAUAUGCGCUGCCUGAGGAGUAG